AUGGACACGAUGCACACCUACACGUCGUUUGUCAACCCCCAGGACCUGGAGAACCACGGCGCCGGCGACUUCCAGGACUCGUUCUGGCAGAUGCGCAUCGACGCCAAUGCCGCCUUCCCCCAGUCGUACGACGCCACCGUCCUGGCCUCGACGGGCGACUGCACCAGCAGGAAACAAGACUCGGCCCUCGACCUCACCUCCUUCUCCACCCACCAGUACCCGUGCAUCAAGCAAGAGGAUGACCUCGCCAGCUUCGUCAACACGGCCCAGUCCACCCCCACGUCCAACACACCCUCACCGCACGACAACUUUGUCUUCAGCAAUGCCAAUUCCCCGGGCGAGUACAACCGCGACCACAGUCAGACGAGCUCACCUGAGACGUGCACUGACUCGGUUGCCAACGACAGCUGGCCAGCCAUCCACAUUCCCCAGCCCGUCGAGCAGUCGGCCGUCUCGAUUGUUCUAGACAAGAACAAGAACCGCGCCGAGACGCAGAUCAAGACGACCCUCACCAUGGACCCGCUCUCCCCCCACUACCAGUGGAUACGCUUCCCCCGCCAAAACCUGGCAAAGCCAAAGCAAAUGGCCGGCAACGACGAGGUCGAGGCAAAUGAGAAGAACAACUCGACGACCCGUCUGCAGCUUACGCUUGUCCUGGCCACGGCCGUGGAGAAGCAGGAGGGCCUGGAGCGCGCCCUGCGCCGUGCGAGAGGCGAUGAGCCAACCCCGCGCCGUCCACGCGGGGUCGCCAUCACCGACAUUGCCAAAGAGGACCGCUGCCACCCACAGAAUGGCGGCGCCGUCAUCAUCUGCGAGGGCUGCAAGGAGCGUGAGGCCAAGAGGUUUAACCGCAAGAAGAAGCGCGAGGCAGACGACGAGAAGGAGUGGUCGAGCUACGAAGACGAACGCAUCAUCAUGAUCAACGAGAAGGAGUUUAAGCGGUGGCAGGACAACGACAGCCCUGAAUACUCUGCCAGCGCCAAAAAAGUGGAAUUCGUCAUGCGGAUAACAUGCUACUGCAGACACCAGGAAGACAAGUCGCCCGUUGGCUACCGCGUCAUCUUCACCUUCAAGGACGUCAACGACAACGUCCUGGCCCAGGAGAUUUCUGAAAUUGUACAAAUCACCGACGACCACAAGAACAAGGAGAGCCCAUCCGAGGCCUUGGGCGCCCUGACCAUUCCCACGGGACCCCACGAUGUCAUGGCCAUGCAGUACGCAGUCCCCAUGCCCGAGUACUCUCCUACCGUCUGCAGCAGCCAGUACUCGCUGCCCACAACGCCCAUUGUUCCCCAGACGCCGGGCCUGCCCCACUCACAGAGCGUCUUCUUUCCCCGAGAAGCACAGUAUUCCAGGAUGAUCAACUCGGCCGUCGUGACGCAGGCCCCCAGCCAGGCCGGCAUGGGCUUCUACGGCACCGCCAUGGCUGUGCCCCCGCCGGCCCAGCAAUAUACUAGCCACCAACGGGGACAGAGCUAUUUCCCGCCAAACAUGCUGAGCCCGGCUGGGGAACAGGUACCGAAUCAGGCAGGCUACGCACUGCAGCGCCCUCAUUCGCUCGACAGCUUCCCUCAAAACUUCAACUUCAACUUCUCAUCACAGGCAUCCUACCCACAGAUCUAUUGGUCGCAGCCGCCCUCUCGUGCAACUUCGCGACCAGCGUCGCCAACAUGGGACCAGGGACGAGGCGCCAAGAAGAUGCGCGCCCAGCCCGGCUUCAUGUUAUACGAAGACUUUGAGGAAUGAAAAGCACAACGGACACGAGAGUACGAAUUAUGAACACAAAAAUAUGGCACCAUGCAUAGCGGGCGUACAAGGGGGGGAAAGGCGUUUCUGGGGCUUGUACUGUAAUAGGUCAUGGAGAUUUGGGAAAGGGAAUUUGGUUUUUUGAACAGAGAGGCUUCCCAUGACAUGCAACGAGUUUGGUGGGCAUUGGAUUCACCGGCAGUUGCAGAACAAGAGGCCUUGGCCAAAUGGGUUUCGGGAAGCAACACUCUUGACGAUGCACGUUUCACUUGUCUUUUUUUUUAUUUAUUCUUCUUGUCCUCUCCAUCUCUCUCUCUCCGC